ACAUUUUGUCUUUGAAUGCAGGUUGGUUAAGCGAGGGCCAAGGUUCCGUCGCUUGAAUCACGUCUAUCACGAGACGGCCUUGGCCUAGGCUAGGCCUACCUAGGCCCCUUAGCCUAGGGCCGGGUCGGCAUUAGCAUUGGUGUAAUUUCACGCAUAUUUCGGCAAUCAGAUCGUCAGCCUGAUUGUCUGCUCUCCACCAACUCCAAUAUCGUUGACUUGACGUCCUCAUCCAGUUUUAGCGAUUCCAUCCCAACAACCACAAUGGCUUCAACCGCGUAUGAGGAGGAGGACUGGGAAACUGAAAUUGAAAAGCUGGAAUUGGAGAGGAAGAAGAAAGCAGGUGCUCAUUCAAAUGGACCAGCUUCUGGGAAGCAACAGCAUGGGUCUACCAAUUUCAAACACCGACAAAUGAAUGGAGACGUCAGUGCCCUGAAAGGGAAGGGAAGGCAGGAGACGCUGGAGCUGCUUCGGAGGAAGGAAAACGAACGCAACAGAGAAGAACAGAAGGAAAUUGAGGCUCAGAAAGUAAGAGAGGGAACUCAUUUGGUUUCAUCAGAGGUUCUGACCAAUGGGUCCAGUAGUGGAUGCCGACCUAAGAAUGGUAAUCAGCCAAAGGCAUCUAUUCCCAAAGAUAUUCCAUGGGCAAGAGCAGAUGAAACUGAGACUCAAACAUCUGUGCUUGUGGAAAAUGUGUGGGAGAAACGAAGUGGUAGGAUGCUGUUCAAUCAAUGUGGCAAGGACCAGGAGGAGGACCCCUUGAUAUUACAGGCCAUACGUCUCAGUGAACAGACCCUCAUUGAGGACGAGAAGCGACGCUUUGAAAAACUGACCAGAGGAAGGAGAGAAUUCAAAGCAGUUGAUUCAAGAGAAACACCACACACUGCUCCAUCCCAAUCCAUGGACUUUCAAGAGGUGUUGCAAAAUGCUCCAUUCCAGCCUGUGAAGAGCCCCUUUAAAGAGGAUCCUCAUAUUUCUCCAGUUGAAUUGGUUCUGAGCACAAAGCCAUUAGUCAAGCCAAAGGAUGUAAACCUUCCCAGCAAGGAAGGGAGAGAAGGAAGUGAGGGGAAGGGUAAGGAGAGGGAUAAGAACCACAAGUUAACAUUGCCUGAUGACAUGGAUUUGUGGGAUCAAGAUGAGUUGGUAUUUUCAAACCCUGUGAAACCAAUUGAAAUUCCUGGCCAGGAAGAUGAGUCUGAACUCGUAGCUGGCUUGAGCUUCCUCCAGGAAUCGAUGUUGGCAGAUUUUCCUGCUGAUGAAUUUCCUCCAAUUCCACUACCUGAUUUGCACCUGAAUUCAAGUUCCCCUGAUCCAAAAGUGGUGUUUCUUGGAAGGAAUGAAAAGGACUGUUCCGUGGUUGAUAUACCCCAAGAGGAAUCAAUACCUACAGUUAGCGUACCUCAGGUAACAUCAAGUAUUGAGCCUGUAGGUGGGAGCCCCAUCUCCACAGUGAACAAAGCUCCUCCUCCGGGGUUUCCUCCUCAAGUGUCCACUGCUCAACCAUUCAUUUCAUUUCAAAACAUUUAUGAAGGGAACUUACUCCCUCCAGCAAUGAUAACUCAACAGUACCUGAUUCACCCAAAUCCAGCCCAAAUGGGCAUGUUGUAUUCACCCCCAUUCUACCUAAGUCAGAUUCAGAGUCCUCUUGCUGUCUCAUCAGCAACGAUGAUGCCACAAUCACUGACUUCGCCUGCUUCACCAGUGUUCAAUCCAUAUCUGCCUUCCUCCUUCCCCACACACAUCCCCCCACCAUCUAUGACUUAUUCAACCUACAGCUAUGCCAAUACAAUGCCAUACAUCGUGGAAGCUGAGGCUCCAGGAGUGCUAUACUCUGGUAAUGGUGAAGCCAGGAUGCCCUUGGAUGAUAUGGCUCAAAUGGGUAGGGGAAGGGGACGAGCACGGGGAAAACUGGUCAAUUCAGCUCAACCCAUGCCAGGAGAAUUCUUCAUACCACAUAUGAAUCAGGGAAGGAAGCUCUCAACUUAUGAGAUUCCUCCAAGGCAUCGCUCUCGAGACUUCAAUGGUGGCAGUGGCUACUAUGGUGCUCCGAAGCAGCAGUGAGAUGAGGAAGAGAAGGGACACCUUCAAACCAAUCACUAGUUGCCUUGCGUCUGUGAUCGGGGUCUGGGUUUGGCCAUCAGUGGAUGUUCACCAGAUGUUAUAGACCUCUAAUCCAGUCUUGUCCCUCCAAAGCGCUUGUGCCUCUCCCGCUCAACUUCAUCAGCUUCAUUCCAUAUAGGCCAUUCCAGUUAUCAUGCAACCAUAGGUCCUUUUCUAUCCUCUUUGACGCUCUGCAAUAUGAUGGCAUUCAUCUCUUUGUCUGAAAGUCAUUUUGCAGUCUAGUGACUGUGUGAGACUUGGGUUGAUGAAUGUUCCCUUUUUUGACUACGAGUAUUCCUUGUUUUUCGACUCAAAUUGGGCUAUAAGUCAAUGUAUCUUGCUUCAAAUUGCCUUCUUGGGAUGUUGGUUUUUCUCUCGUUUACAUGAAAUACAACCAAGAAUAAUCCUGUGCAUGAUUCAGAAACAGAAUUCCUGGUGUCUUUGUGAUCACUUCAAAUUGAGAGGAAUCAUGUGAAGAAUGUGCCUUUGUGCUUUGUGACUAGUCGAUUGUGCAACUUGGGGAUGUGUGACUUCUUCACUUCUACCCUCCUGUCAUUUUUUCCUUCCCUCCACACCUCUUAAUAAUAAAUAAAAGUGUCUCCAAAACAGUGUUGAAGGUGUGUCUUAUA